AUGGCGUUUUCACAAUACAGAAGUCUAGAUAAGACUCAACAAGAGAUCCGGAUAUUGACAUUGUACGCGGGCGCCGAGGGGACAUCUAUCGCCUGUAGUAUUGAACAGACUCAUCUGGCCGAGGCAGGUGAGUUCGCUGCAUUGUCUUACUGCUGGGGUCCGGCAGGAGACGAAGCCGAAAUAGUGGUGAACGAUGAACCGAUCUUUGUCAGGAAGAACUUGUGGAAGUUUGUGGCCAGUCUCCGACAUUUGUACGGAACAAUGAGAUUGUGGAUCGAUUACAUAUGCAUCAAUCAGAGAGAUGAAGAAGAACGUGGCCAUCAAGUCAAGCUUAUGGCCAGUAUUUUCAGUGCUGCAAGUGACGUGUAUGCGUGGCUCGGUGACGCUACACCGGAGACAGCUGUGGCCCUACAAUUUAUCGAUGCGGUCUUGCCUUUCACCUGCAGUCAAUAUAAGGAAGCGUUCGACCGCGACUAUCUGCGCUCGGGCAUACGGGCCUUGCGAACGCUGAUCGAUCGAGAAUACUGGACUAGGCUGUGGAUCAUCCAGGAAGUUACGCUCGCACGGAACCUGUGGCUGGUAGUUGGUGCCACUGCUAUCCCAUGGGUCGAUUUGCAACGCGCUGUCACGGCCAAAGUGGCCCCCAGGAACAAAAACGCAACCGCAAUAGAAGCUUUCCGCAAGAUACGCAAGACGAGACAGCGGCGAUUUAGAACAAUCCCACUCAAUCGACUUAUUCAAGAUUUUCAUACGGCGGGCUGUCAUAACCCGCGAGACAGAAUCUUUGGGCUGCUGGGUCUUCUCGACGAACACGGACAAUCCUGUGCGGUCGUCGACUAUCGGUUGUCGAUUUUCAACGUGUGCCUGGCUAAUAUGAAGUUCAUACUUGCAACAGCUGGACCCCAUAGAAGCGAGCCGUACAUUGUCUGGAAGACCGUUCAGGGGAUUUACAACGGCGAUUACACAGAGCUUCACCGCCUAAUGAACGAUCAGGUGCUUCGAUCGCAGCUCAAUAUCGGAAUAGCAAUGGAGCUUUUUGCUUUCAGAGGCGGGGCCAAGGGCGAGCUGGUAUCGUAUCAUACGUUUGCUGCUCUCGAUGAUCAGCACUCUUCAAUCGUGUUAUUGACGCCUGAGAAUGAGAAUUCGCAUUUCAAGGCUUAUCUUACUAACGUCAGGCGUGAUGAGCGGUCGGUAAUGUUAUAUUCGACUACUCAUUCGCGAGAAUGGUCUGUGGUGCUCAACGCAAGAGGCUUGGGAUUAGCGGUGAAGAAGAAUGGCGAUGCCUAUACCGUCCUGGAAAUCGUGGGCGACGGGGCCUAUACUUGUCACGACAAGCUGAUUAUGAGGUAUGGUAUUGAAUCCUGGCUGCAGGGUAGGAUCCCAGACAGCGAUUGCCAGAUCAUCGGGCAUGAGUCAGAGCCAUCACAGCUGAAGCGUCGUUACGGCCCUGGCUGGCAUGUGUAUCUCAAUGGAGCUGCUGUGGUAGAGGCCAUGAGGAAUCAUUGGUACCUCUGCUCGCUUAGCAGGUGCCCUCAAGCGCCAUCAGUGCCCUAUGACUUUACAGCUCCUCCACCCGAAAGCUGGAGAAAUGUCGAUGCUACUCUCACCUAA